GACACAUGACAACGUGCUCAACGGGAUCAGCGUGGAUGGUGACGUGGUGGCAGCCGCCUCGGGGGGCCUCUCGGUCGAGGUGUGGAGGCUCCGGACUUGACGUGAUGCCACGAUCCCGUGCUCGCUGCCCAGGAAGGAGGGGUGCCGGGGGGCUCCCUGCCGAAGGGGGGCUCUGUCCCCGCUCCCAGCGGGAUCCCCUCCACGCCCCCCAACAUGGAGGAGACGGGCCUGGCCCUGGGCCCUUGGUGGGGCUGGAAGCUGCUGCCUGUUCGUGGGUAUUAAAAGGAUUUGACUGGAGCAGAGGUUUCGCCCCUCCCCCGUGGGGGAUCCUGCGCUUUUGGGGCGAUAUUGGGUGGUUUCGGGGCGCUGCAGGGGAUGGAGGGUUCGGGGUCACCCCAGCGCCAUUGCCCGAGCUGAGGCGGUUCGCUUCUGGGGGCGUGUUGUCCCUCCGCGGCCACCGUCCAGCCUCAAGAUGGCGGCGGGCAGGGUACCGUGCAGGCCAAGAUGGCGGCGCGCAGUCGUACGGCACAGGGCGGGCCAAGAUGGCGGCGCGCAGCGGCGGCGCGGAGGAGUGAGGCGGCCGGAGCCCCAUGGCGGCACCGGGGCAGGCCCCGGCCGCGGCCCUGCGGGCCGUGCUGAAGCCGAGCGGGCCUCUCCCGGCCCAGAGCCUCCCGGUGCGCGGGUACGACUUCGCCGGCGGCCCGGACCACGCCGCACUGCUCCGCUCCUUCCUCACCACCGGCUUCCAGGCCACCAGCUUCGCCCAGGCCGUCGCCGAGAUUCACCGGAUGAUCGCGGCGAAGCUGGAGCCGCUGAGUGCGGAGGAGCGGGACCGGGCCGGGCUGGGGGGACCCCGGCCCCCCUCGGGCUGCACCAUCUUCCUGGGCUUCACCUCCAACCUCAUCAGCUCCGGCGUCCGGGAGACCAUCCGCUACCUGGUGCAGCACAACAUGGUGGACGUGCUGGUGACCACGGCGGGGGGCGUGGAGGAGGACAUCAUCAAGUGCCUGGCGCCCACCUACAUUGGGGACUUCAGCCUGCGGGGCCAGGACCUGCGCCAGAGUGGCAUCAACAGGAUCGGGAACCUGCUGGUGCCCAACGACAACUACUGCAAGUUCGAGGACUGGCUGAUGCCCAUCCUGGAGCAGAUGGUGGACGAGCAGGAAACACAGGGCACGAGGUGGACGCCCUCCAGGAUGAUCGCGCGGCUGGGCAAGGAGAUCGACAACCCCGAGUCGGUGUGCUACUGGGCACAGAAGAACAACAUCCCAGUGCUGAGCCCCGCGCUCACCGAUGGCUCCCUGGGGGACAUGAUCUUCUUUCACUCCUACAAGCACCCGGGGCUGGUGCUGGACAUUGUGGAGGACCUGCGCCUCAUCAACACCCAGGCCAUCUUUGCCAGGAAGACGGGAAUGAUCAUCCUGGGCGGGGGGCUGGUGAAGCACCACAUCGCCAACGCCAACCUGAUGAGGAACGGAGCCGAUUUCUCUGUCUACGUCAACACGGCGCAGGAGUUCGAUGGCUCCGACUCGGGGGCGCGGCCAGAUGAGGCUGUGUCCUGGGGCAAGAUCCGGAUGGAUGCCACCCCUGUCAAGGUCUACGCCGAUGCCUCCCUGGUGUUUCCGCUGCUGGUGGCGGAGACGUUUGCCCAGAGAGCCGAUGCGUUCGCCUCGGGGACGCCGGGAGACUGAGCCGGUGGCAGGGUCUCCCUUGGGGGUGACACCCCCCCCCUCCAAGCCCCUAGUUUGGGGGGGCCAAGCCCCCCAGUACCUCUGCAGGGGCUCAGCGCGCCCAGGCUCCGCUCCCUGCGCCCUACACACCAGCACGCGCCGAGCAGGAGAGAGCAGGGCGCUUCCCCUGCCUGGCGGAACGGGGGAGCCGGGACCCCUGCGCCACCGUCCGUGUGUCCCCAGCCCCCCCAGCAGUCUGUCCCCAGCCCCCCCCUCCACCUGCUCGUGUCCCCCUGCUCCGUCCGCCCGUUCCCCUCUCCCCAACGCUUGUAUUUAUUGGAGCUGCUUGGGCCGUGCAGCUCCGUGCGCUCCCAAUAAAGCACGGGGGCUUCUCCACA